UUGGUUGGUUGGUUGGAUGGUUGGGUGGUCGGUUGGCCGGGUUGGAUCGGUCGGUCGAGGUUCAAGUUUUUGGAGCACCGCGCGCGCUCGUUUCAUCCCGGCGCAUCCGAGUCGCGCGCGCGCGCGCGCGCGAUCGAUUCACGCACCAGACGAUCUUGGAGACCAGCGUGUGAGAUGUAAGAGCGGUGCGUGUGUGUCACGACGACCUGAGAAGACAACGGGAACUGUAAGCGAGGAACUUGGAUACAGAGGGACAGAAUAAUUCGCCAGAACGAUUCAUCGUUUGAUAGCGGUAUACGAGAUAGGAUGGCCGGCGACGACGGAACAACGAUGAACAAUGAGAUUCUUGGCGCACGGGGUGGCGCGGAGGAGGGGCAGGGUACGUCAACGCGAGGGGAGCUGCAUUCCAGAGUGGGCGGCAUUCUGGAAUGCGAUCCCCCCGGUAACAGGAAUUCGUCGAACGAGCGAGCUGCCGCCGCCGCUGCCGCUGCCGACGACGAAGACGGUGUCUGCCGAUAUGCGGUCGGCGCUGCUAAUCGCGCUAUGUCUUUCUUCGAAAUGUGUCAGAUUCGACUUCAACAUCUCUUUCCACAAUUGGGCCCACCACCACGAUACAAUAUCCACGACGAUUCUAUAGAAUCGACUGCCGAGAGUCUGGCCAAUGAUGUAAUACGAUACUUGUUAAAAGAAGAUAUCUAUCUUAUAUCCCAAGAUCCAGUAUCUCGUAGCAUGAGGCACAAUGUAUAUCAAAUGCUCAACAAACACAGCAUUCUCUUUACAAGUAUGGUAAAUCGUUUGAACGUUGUUCCGGACACUGCAUACGAAACAUUUAUGGGAGUUGCCAAUGAAUUGUUCUUACAUGGAGUUAUUACAUGGGCUAGAAUUGUUUGCUUAUACGCUUUCAUGGGCAGAUUAGCUCUAUGGGCUAGAGACAGAAGAAUGCACAGUCUUAAAAAGAAAUUGCCGCUAUACGUUUCUAGAUACGUUGGUGAAAAUAUAACGCAUUUUAUUAAAGGCUACGGUGGGUGGGAACAAUUAUGCGUAGAAUAUCCUGUGGCUGAAGAAAUUAGCGGAGCAAUUUGGAGGAGUUUAUUAAUGACAGGAGCCACUCUUGGUUUGAUCGCUACAAUCUUGUCGGUGACUUCCUGAUGGAGCCUUGCGAGAUCGUGUGGUUUGAGUAUGUUUUGUCCAAGAAAUUACCGCGUACUUACGUUCUACGAGAACACGCUCGAAAGGGAAAUGUAAACAGAUUUUUUUCUAUAUAAUGUACGUAUAAUAUUACGUAUUAAUAUACAUUUCACGAACAUCGGAACGAUUCGAUUCAAACGGAAAGUUUGCUACGUCUAUACGAGAAACAUACAAGAUUAACAAAAGAUACUUCAACGCGUUGACAUACAUAAUUUUCAUAUCAACGUCAGUCUGCUUAGAAUCAUUCUACUUUUUAUAUAACUCCAGCCAGCAUAUAUAGCAUGAGCGACAGACAAUGACGCUAGUUUCCUAUUACAAUACCUUAUAACACAAACUAGUGAAAUUAUAUAUGUAUAGUAAACAGAAUAUAUCUUAUUUAAUUCUA